AUGGGAAUUUUCGAUCCAAGUAGAAACGACCAAGACAAGAACAAGGAUGUUCAAAUCAACUCUGUAAGUUUGUUUGACGACAAGUUGGGCUUGGACGCAAUCGGAGAUUGGCAUAAUCAAAUACAAAGAACACUUUCAAAGACAAACGAUAUUACGUUAGAUGCUUUGGGUACCCUAAAGGGGUUGACCAAUGGUGUGGGCUCCAUUCUUGGCGCCUUUGACGACACAAUCACUGGAAGUCUCCUUACUCCUAGAAUUAGCCACAAGCCUAAUGAAAUUGUCACAAAGGGUAUUCCGCCACCUGAAGUAUAUGAUGAGUGUAAGAAGGCAGAGGGUCUUGGAGUUUGGGACCAGUAUGGAUUAUGGCAUUGUUUAUUUCCUAGAAGUUCUAUUCCCUACGAUUAUCACACAGGUAGAAGAAGCGAUGAUAUCAUCAUCGACGAUUCCAGCUUAGUUUCACGUGAAGAUAUCGAAAACGAUGUUGAUCACAAGUAUGGCACUUUUUUCAAGAACAUGGAAGACAUGUUGGGUUGGCAAUCCAGCAUGAAGCGUGCCAUCCAAGAACAAAAACGUAGACAGUGGGCCGAUUGGGAAAAGAAAGAAAAAUCCAAGUGGGGAUUUUUGACAGGUUUCACAAACGGUGAUGAUUCAAGUGAGGACGAUGAAGGGAAGACUGUGGUUGGUAGAGAAUCUGAAACUAGAGUUGUUACGCUGCCAAAUGGCGAUUUAGAAAGAACUACGGUAAUGCGUAGACGGUAUUCUGAUGGUACUUCCAAGGUGAGAGAAUUUUCCGAAAUUAUUGGCCCUGAUGGUGAAGUUAAAAAGUGA